UCUGUGCAUUGUAUUUCAAUUGAACAGCAACCUGACAUCACUUCACUUCCAGCAAGAAAUACACUGGGUGAAUGUACGAAUAGCGCUAAGCUAGGGGCAGCUCCAAAAACAACUCGGCAGGUCUAUAUCAAGACAUCUUCUCGGCCGAACUUGUGCCAUCUCUUCAUCCACAAACCAACAUAUCUUUCCGAUAUCGAAAUCUUCCGCAGCCACACCACCAGCUAUGGACAACAAGAUGUCGUAUCGCAGUCCCAAAUCCCCUCUUCAAUCCGCCGGAUUCUCUUCCUCUUCUGCGCCACCUCCUCUUCCAAAUUACGACGCCGAUGAUGAAUUCACACUUGAAUUUGACGUCUCCUCUGUUGUCUUGCCCAACGGAGAACCAGCACUCGAUCCUGCGGCAUUAAAGCGCAUCGAAGAAGCCACUAGGAUCAUGAACGAACUCGAACUUGAAACUAGUACUUUCUCGAGCGAAGCAACUUCUGGCUCCGACAAAGAGAACGAAAACCCUUCCGCAUCUGAUGGCGACAUGGAGGUUGAGGGCGUCGACGAAGAAGAUCAUUUUGAGGUUAGGUCUAUCGCCUCCAUUACUGAUGAAGAUGCGAUGAGCAAUGAUUCGAUCAACGUCGCAAUCAAUGCCGAGACGAGCGCGAGCCAGGUAGAUAAGCUGGAUAAGGCUGAGAUGGCUACAAGACUCAAGAACGCGAACACAAAAAUCUGGCUGCUGGAGAAUAUCGUCAAGGAUCAGCAGGGCGACAUCGGGAAGUUGGUCAAGAUCAACGAGGAACAAGCACGUACCAUUCAAGCGUUGAUUGGCAACAAGCCCGAGUAUGAAGAUAUCAUAUGUGGCGCUAGUCCACUAUCUGCCGAGGAAGGUAUGGAGGAAACUCGAGGCGUUGAUACGAAGAGAAAAGGAAAGGAAAUCGACGAAGGAGGGCAGUUGGGAAAGGUUCCUUGGAGUACUGAUUACCUUGGCUUGAUGAGUACAAUUCAAUCCGAAGAGUCGAGCCCAAUCAGUGGGAUGAGACGUGAGCAAGAGAAGAGGAAGCGAGUAGAAGACUCGACGGACGUUUCUCUUGGAGAGGCUAAGAGAGUCAAGCACAAAGACAGUCAAUCAGGAUCUUCGACGAAGGGAAGCGUGUUCUCUGUCAACGACAGCUUUGACUUUGGCUCAUUUGGCGGUGCCGCCGUAGUUAAGGGCACAGAUGUUGAGGAGCCGAAGAAGGUACAAGAGCGGAAGCGUAGGAGCAUGGCUACAACCCCGUGGAGAUCCACACCCAAUAGAAUUGUAUCUGCAGACCUUCAGCAGCAGAUGAAGUCCGACUCUGACUUUAUUGAGCGACUUCUGGACCCGAUGCGAGAGGCACAAGAUCCUUCUACCUGUACCUUGAAACCAAGUAUGUGGCCUUCUAGCGGUGGAUUGGGAAGCAGUGAUUCUAUGUCGAACGGAGAUGAAGUUGAUGUCCAUCGCUGGAAACCGACAGGAGAUCUAGUUCAGGAUGCCAAGAAGAUGGCGGCUAAGAUUGUUGAUAUGGAGGAAUGAUUGUGCUCACUGUUCGGAAUGUACAUGUGGUAGGAAGGAAUUCGUCGCCGGCUUUAGUGGGGACUGCAGCGAUGGAGUUUGUAUUCUCUUUGGUAGGACAGGAAUAAAGUCUCUGAGGGGGGCUUACUUCUAUGCAUAUCCUCAGACACUUGCAUUUCCUUUAAAUUAGCGUUGGGUGAGGGAGAAACGUCUCCAAUAUGUCCUCUCCCAGAAUGUGCGUCUUGAUUGCACACAAGUGUUG